AUGGACUUCGUUUUUCGCAAGUUCUCGGGAUCGAAGACCGAGGACGUCCACGACUGGGCCGACGAUACCAAGCUCCUCCUGGAGGUCGCCUCCGCGACGAUGGACGCCCGCCAAGUGAAGCUCCACCUCUACCUGCAACUCGACGGACGAGCCAAGUCCUUCGCCAAGGAGUUCAUGAGCGACUCCGCAGUCAAGGCGGACGACCUCGUGAACAAGAUCGUCGACCGCUUCCACAACCCAUCUCGACAACUACAGCUGGUCUUCGAGCUCCGCGCCAUCAGGCAGACCAAGGACGUUCAAGCCUACAACGGAGACUUCAACCGCGUGGCGGACCAACUGUCGGAGCGAAGCGAGGUCUUUCUGCUGGCCUUCUACCUGAUGGGACUCCACCCGACGAUUCGACAAGUGGUAUCGGUGGCCAGCCCAUCGACCCUGGUGCAAGCAAUGAAGAUCGCCGAGGACGCGGACCAAGCCAAGGAUGUAUCCGGGACCCACUUCGCGCGCCGCACGUCAGUCUCUUCAAGCGGCACCUCCAAGUACCAGGCAAACAAGCAGGCCCCGCGACGUGACGAUGGACCACGCAAGCGCCUGCCACCGCUGACACCGGAGGAGCGCCAGCGACUGAUGGCCGAGGGCGCCUGCUUCCGUUGCCGCAAGCCCGGCCACGGCUAUGCUCAGUGUCCGGGAAACGGCCCGCUUCAGUGA